UCCUGGCUCCCGCGAUCGUGCUUCUCUUCCUCCGCCCUAUUUCUUACGCCCCCCCCUCCACAUCUCCUAGUCCUAGGCGACGACGCUUCUCUGCUGCGAUCCAUAGUAGCUUCUUCGCAAUAGCAAGGGGAAGAUGGAGGAGUGGUCGCUCCCCGCGCUCUUCGAGGAAGCAAGAAGGAUCCAUUCCGUGGCUUCCGAUUCCUCUGUGGAUCAGGAGACGCUGAGGAAGGGAAUCGAGGCCCUGCAACGCUGCGACGAGAUGGUGAGCAAGCUGGGGCUCUUCUCCCUCAACGAGACCAAGGACGACGUCACCACCGCCAACCUCAAGUAUCUCCUCGUGCCAUUCUAUCUCGGAGAGUUAAUCGAAAAACUUGCACAGGAGGAUAGGAUCUCGAUUCUUAAACUAUCUCAGAAUAAGUUAAAGGAAUUUAUUUCGAUUUGUGAGGCACUAGAGCUCAUUCCUGAAGAGGAACUAGAAAUUUCUGGGCAAGGAGGCCCAGAUACGUUUGCAACUCGAAGGGCGAAAAAGAUUGCCCGGUUCAAGCGCCAGAGAGCCGCAGAAGCAAAAUUGCAAGAAAUUAAAGAGAGAAGGGAGAGGCGUGGGCGCUCCUUAAGAGCAACUGCUUUAUCUACACCUAUUGAAGCUGGGGAAGAAGAUGCAGUGGAUGAUGAUGGAGAAGAAGAAAGAGAGGCUUGGCUAACUGCGAUCUCCUUAUCUGUCUGCAAGGCUUUUGAUCUCUUGGACAUGCUAAGGAAAGAAGAAGAAAUGCUUCUUGCUGUAAAGGAACGAGAAUCAAAGGAAGGGGAGAAGGAGUUUGCUCGCGAGAUCCUUGACGAACGUACGAAAAAAGCUGAAGCUUGGCACCAAAAUGCUGCCACUCGAGCACCAUUGGCAAAACCAGUGGAACCAAUCACAUGUGCAACAUUUGCUCAAGAUGUUAUUGAAGGGAGAGCAAACAUUUCACAGGCCCAUGAGCACAAACAUCAACCACUUAUAUUUGGACCCGCGAGUCUUGUUGGGGGACGAUUAACAAGUGAAAGGGAGAGAAUGGCUGCACAAGUGUUCCAACCAGGUUACAGGUUGCCUACCAUGAGCAUUGAGGAAGCUGGAUUACGUGAAAUGGAGAUGAUGAAGAAAUGGCAAGAGAGAAAUGCAAAGCUGAUGGAAGAAGCAAAUUCGUCGUGGCACAAGGACGGUCCCAGGUCAGCGGCGGAGGACGAGGAAGCUGAAGAAGAGAGAGCUAGGGCGUGGGAUGAUUGGAAAGAUGACAAUCCUCGCGGUGCAGGCAAUAAGAAACUCACUCCCUGUGGCUGAAAAUGUUGCAUGCUUUCUCUUUCACUUAAAUUUCUUCGUGUAACAAGUAAUAAAGUUUGCACUUGUGUUUGUUUACUAGUUUGUUUAUCAUAUGUUAGUAGGGGAAUUUAGUGCGGAUAAGUCCUUACCUGAGGGUCAUGGUAGUUCAAGUGUUCAACUACUCCUGUUCUUCUGUUCAUUUGAGUAUCUGAAAUUUUUUUGCUUCGGUUGUUCCAA